CACAUGCCUGCGAUCAGCUGACCUCACGAAGCUUCUCCUUUUGAUGCUCUGCUGGUAGCUGUCUUCCGUCGACGGACAGAGGCGACAAAUUCAAUAUAUAAUCUCAGUUUUGUUGGCAUAAAAGUGAUAUUUUAACCCCACACUUGCUGCCGGUGGAGCGGGAUUAUCGGCGGAUAGAUGCUGUUGGAGUGGAUGAUGAACGGUCACGCUCUUCUGUAUACGGGGGUCACUCUGGCCUUCUGGAGUACCAUCCUAAUCGUCGGUAUCUGCUAUACAAUUUUUGACUUGGGAUUCAGAUUUGAUGUUGCAUGGUUCCUGACAGAGACCUCCCCUUACAUGUGGGCUAACCUGGGCAUUGGCCUGGCUAUAUCCCUGUCUGUGGUGGGCGCUGCCUGGGGCAUUUACAUCACAGGCUCCAGCAUCAUUGGUGGUGGUGUCAAGGCACCUAGAAUCAAAACUAAGAAUUUAGUCAGCAUCAUCUUCUGUGAAGCUGUAGCAAUUUAUGGAAUUAUUAUGGCUAUUGUCAUCAGCAACAUGGCUGAGAUGUUCACUGGAACAACUCCAGACACCAUUGGAGCUAAGAACUACCAAGCCGGGUACUCCAUGUUUGGCGCUGGCCUUACCGUUGGCUUCUCAAACCUGUUCUGUGGAAUCUGUGUGGGCAUCGUGGGUAGUGGAGCCGCUCUAGCUGAUGCUCAGAACCCCAGUCUCUUUGUCAAAAUCCUCAUUGUGGAAAUCUUUGGCAGCGCUAUCGGACUGUUUGGUGUAAUUGUAGCCAUUCUGCAGACAUCAAAAGUAAAGAUGGGAGACUAAAAAACAUUUGGAUCUUGAGAAGAAGAAAACAAGAUGGAUUAUUGUGUAAAUACAUCAUAAAUUAUUUAAGUGUCUCUAUUUGCCUGUUUUUAACUUGUCAUUCACAUCAAAUGACCCAAACAAGUCCUACUGCUCCUGCAUUUGACUAGCGUGAAUGUUUAAACAGAGAAAACACUUGUAAUGGCCACUCGCUCUAUAGACCAGCAGCAGUUUCUUCCAGUAAAUUGUGAAUGAGAAGUUAAAAACAAGAGUAUUUGAACAUAUUGGUGUGUAUGUGUGUAUGUAUGAUGCACAUGUGUCUCAUUUUCUCUCCACUGAUGCAUGGGGUUGUCAAAAUGUGUUUACAUUAGCCUGGCCUCUCAUGUAUUUUUCUUUUCUUUCUCAUAAGCCAGUGGUCCUUAAUCAACAAGUGUCCCAGUUACAGUAUUUGCCUCACACAACAGCACGAAGGUUAUUUCAUUUUACUUUGAGAAAGGAAAAUUGAGUCAGAUCACAGCACUACAUCUGAUCCAAAUCUGUCAUCUUUUUUCCAUCAUCGCUUACAUUCCUGCUUCCAAGAUUUUAAGAUUUGCAUUUAAAACUCUUAACCAUCUUCUAAAAAUAGCAGCUCAACCUUGUUCAAUAGAAAUAUAUACAGAUUCAUGAAAAACAUUUAUUCUUACACAUAUCUGACCUGCAUCUUGACCUAGUGGUGCCACCAGCUUGUGUCCAUGGAGGUGGAUAAGUUCAAUGCCAUACUGUGGGACAUUCUAGGCAAAGCAAUGGCAUCAUUCUACAAACAAGCAGGUGUUAAACCCAUCACCAGAAAAUUCACAUAGUGCACCUUUAAAAUUAUUACACAGAUGAAAUAAUUUUAAACAGGCAUCAAUUCUAACUUUAAUUUUCUUUGUCAAUAUAAUGUUACAGUUCUCACUGCUUUUUUUGUGCUUUUAAUUGUCUUAUCUUUUCUGUACAUUCCGAAAUGUGUGAACACACUGAAACUGUGUGUGGGUGAUGUGCAAUUCUACUCUUGUUUUACAUGAUUAAAAGCCAUUUUUGUGUGGUCUGUAGUACUGGUGUGAACGAGUUCAUAUUGGCACUUCAUGCAACUAUAUAAUUUAUUGUUUCAUAGUAACAUCAUUUUGUCAUUUUGACAGACCAUGGUUGUGAAUGAAACUUUUUUUGUCAAAUCACUGAUUCUUAUAAAGUAGAUUUAUUGAAAUUGUGAAAGAAAAAAAUGUUGAGUUCAUGACCUGGGCCUUAGAGAAGAUAUUUGAUGACCAUUGAUAAACCAGGCUGUAUCAAACCCUUGGCUUUCGGUGACUGUAGUUGGACCUGUGUGUAUGUUCAUGUGAUAGUGAUCUGACAGUAAACUUGUUUUUGACAUUGUGAAAAAUAACAAUCUCCCUGUACAUGUCUGUAAGAAAAUAAAACACUCAAAUGAAUA